AGUUUCAGAGUUCACUUUGCAUAUCCGGUUUCAACCAUGGAAGCUAUACACCAUGCGAAAAACCUUCUCCGGAAGGAGCUGAAGAAACGGCUGAAAUCUCUUUCUGAGCCAGAGAAAGUCAGACAGUCUCUUUAUAUAACUAAAAAGUUGAUGGAACACCCUGCUUACCAGAAAAGCCAGCGGAUAUCAGUCUACCUCGCCAUGAAGAAGGAAGAAGUGGACACCGAUGGAAUCCUCCGGAAGAUGUUCUCCCAGAACAAGCUAUGCUACGUCCCUCAGUACAUCGGACCCAAGAUGAACAUGAUGAAGAUGUCUUCCAUGGAGGACUAUGAGGCUCUCCCGGAGACAAAAUGGAAGAUCAAGCAGCCGGCCGAUGACGAUGUGAGAGAAGAUGCGCUGAAGACAGGAGGGUUGGAUCUGAUUAUUAUUCCCGGCCUUGGAUUCAGCAAAGAAGGGCAUCGCCUUGGGAGAGGGAAGGGGUACUAUGACAUCUACCAGAACCGAUGUGUGGAGGAGACGGGCGUCAAACCAGUCACCAUCGCGUUAGCCUUCAAGGAACAGAUCUGCGAGAGUAUUCCCAUCACCGAGAAUGAUGUCACAAUAGACUAUGUACUGUAUGGAGACAUGGAUGACUGAUUAGUAUCAUGAAGCUUCAAGGUAUAAUAGACCAGUUCACGGUUAGCACAUGUCCCAAAAGGACCCAAAUGACCCUGAAUAUCCACAAAUCUUCAAAAAAUGAAGAG